GGACGCGGAAAAGCGGAUGCCUAUUUGUUGCGUUGCGUUGCGGAGCGAGCGGCGGCCACGCCCAUCAAAAGCAACCUAUCGCUUUCAGCGCCGCCGCCGCCGCGCCUGCGACCGACCGUCCCUCACCUCUCUCUCCCCCCGCACCUGUCCCCCUCCUAAACCCCCUGCUUGAACCCUACCCACCGGCCCGCCUCCGGCAGGGAGCAUGCGCGCCAGGCUCCUCAACGCCCCGUCGGCCGCCUCCACCGCCUCCUCCCUCCCCUCCGCGGGCGCCCGCCCGCGCCGCGCGGUCUGGAGGCCCCGGGGCCCCGCCGCCGCGCCGCCGCCGCCGCCGCCGCUCUCACUGCGCGCCCGAGCCUCCAUGCAGCCCGCCGCGCCCCUGCCCGAACGGCAGGGCGUCCCGCCGGUGCACGGCGUGUCCAACACGGUGGUUGGGGUGCUGGGGGGCGGCCAGCUGGGGAAGAUGCUCUGCCAGGCGGCGAGCCAGAUGGGGAUUAAGAUGGUCAUCCUGGACCCCCUCCAGGGCUGCCCGGCGAGCUCCGUUUGCCACGAGCACGUCGUGGGGAGCUUCAGCGACGGCGACGCGGUCCGGGAAUUUUCUAAGAGGUGUGGGGUCCUUACAGUGGAGAUUGAGCAUGUUGAUGCCGCAACACUUGAGAAGCUGGAAAAACAGGGUGUUGAUUGCGAGCCCAAAGCCUCUACAAUCACGAUUAUUCAGGACAAGUACAGGCAGAAAAAGCAUUUCUCAAAAUUUGGGAUCCCUUUGCCUGACUUCAUGGAAGUAGAUACUUUACACAGUAUAGAGGAAGCAGGGGAAAGGUUUGGCUAUCCUCUAAUGGUAAAAAGCAAGAGGUUAGCAUAUGAUGGUCGAGGCAAUGCUGUUGCCCAAAAGAAAGAGGAUCUAUCUUCUGUUGUUGCUUCGUUGGGUGGGUUUGAGCAUGGAUUGUAUGUUGAGCGAUGGACUCCUUUCGUAAAGGAGCUUUCUGUAAUCGUGGCAAGGAGCAGAGACGGUUCUACAGUCUGCUAUCCUGUUGUUGAAACCAUACACAAGGAUAACAUCUGUCAUAUUGUUGAAGCUCCUGCUGAGGUAUCUGCCAAAAUAAAGAAAUCAGCUACUGAUGUGGCUGAAAAAGCUAUCAAAUCAUUAGAAGGUGCUGGUGUGUUUGCUGUAGAGUUAUUUUUAACAGAAGAUGAUGAGAUUUUAUUGAACGAGGUAGCCCCUAGGCCUCACAACAGCGGGCAUCACACAAUUGAGUCAUGUUACACCUCACAGUACGAGCAGCACUUACGUGCCAUUCUUGGAAUGCCCCUUGGUGAUCCUUCAAUGAAAGCACCUGCUGCAAUAAUGUACAACAUCCUGGGAGAGGAUGAGGGUGAAGCAGGAUUCUUUUUGGCUCAUCAGCUAAUUGAGAGGGCAUUAAGUAUUCCAGGUGCAUCAGUUCAUUGGUAUGCAAAACCAGAGAUGCGAAAACAAAGAAAGAUGGGUCACAUUACAAUUGUGGGACCUUCAAAGGCGAGUGUAAAAUCACGCCUGGACAAGUUGCUGCAAAGGGACACGUAUGACCCCAAAAAAGCUAGCCCUCGUGUUUCUAUAAUAAUGGGGUCUGAUUCUGAUCUUAAUGUAAUGAAAGAUGCUGAGGUGAUAUUAAAAAAAUUUAAUAUACCUGUUGAGACUACAAUUGUUUCAGCACAUCGUACACCAGAGCGGAUGUAUGAUUUUGCUAAGUCUGCAAAGGACAGGGGUGUUGAGGUCAUAAUUGCUGGCGCAGGCGGAGCAGCUCACUUACCAGGGAUGGUAGCUUCGUUGACUUCUCUUCCCGUAAUUGGAGUACCCGUCAAGACUCAGUCACUUUCGGGACUUGAUUCCCUCCUAUCUAUUGUGCAAAUGCCAAAAGGUAUUCCUGUUGCGACUAUUGCUAUUGGGAAUGCUGAAAAUGCAGGCUUGCUGGCAGUUAAGAUGCUGGCGUCAAGAGAUCCUGAGCUUACGGACAAGGUGCUUAAAUACCAGGACGAUCUCCGGGACAUGGUCUUGGAGAAAGCAGAAAGGCUUGAGAACAUAGGCUGGGAGGAAUAUCUGAAGUGAAAGGGGCGAGGACCAGGGUUUCGAGGAACAUAGCUGACGGCUAAAUUCUGGUGGCAUUCUUUCACAUCCAAUUUUGGCGGAGCAAUAUGGUCCGAAGUUGGGGGAGAUAAUAAAAUCCUUUAGUUCGCGGUCUGCAAUUCUCGAGCUAACUGUGCUAUCUUCAGAACUUGUCCACCAACCCGUCAGGGAACGGAUUUCUUAACAAAACGUGUGACUUGACUUUUAUAGAGGGAAAAUGGUUGGGGUGAAAGCUCA